CACCGCAGCAGACCUUAGUGUGACAGUGACAGAGACAUCUGUGUGAGCGGGCUGCCAGGUGACCGCUCUGUGUCAUUCGCAACAGCCCAUGUCUGCUACACUAAUGUAAUGACUUGUUACAAAGCUCUCUGUAGUUCCUAGUUACUGUGUGCUCUUACUGCACUUCGCGUUCGAUAUAAGUAUACCCAAUUACCAUGUGACCCAAUGGUGGUGAAGCCCCACAGCAAGCUCCUCAGUUCAUGGACCAAUAUCCAAUUGAAAUAGCAGUGACCCAGGUUCUGAAGCUUUUCAAAACAUUGCACAGGACAAGACAACACGUUUUCCAAAAUGAUUCCAGGGCAUUGGAAGCGGCAAGACAGAAAAUCAAUGAAGAAUUCCAGAAAGGCAAAGGUGAAAGUUCUCCUGAAAAAAUAUCGGAGCUGUUAAAAAUAGGGCAAGAUGUUGAUAUCCUGCUCAGGACAACCGUUAUCCAGGGUGUUCACACAGAUUCUAACAGGAUAGUUCUGCAGCCGAGACAAGAGGUCCUUCUAGACAACGAACCAUACUGUGAUUCACCAGAGAAAUAGCAUUCAUGCAACAGUGUUUGAAACCACUUUAUCAACAUUAUUUUGGCACAUUAUUUUGUUUCCAUUUAGGAGACAUUAUCAUAAGUGCACAAGGAAAAACUGCUAAAAUUCCAUUGUUUGAAAUGUUAUUUACUUUUAUGACCAUGUACUGCUUACUUUGUUUUCUAUUGUUUGUAAAUUGGGUGUUAUGCUCUGAUUAAAUUAUUUUGUUCCAUA